AUGAUCAGGACUUUCUUCGCUGGACUGGCUUUGGCGGUCGCCGCAUUUUGGGCCGGCACGUUAGUGCAAGUGCGAGGGACACCAAUUCUUGCCACACUAAGGAAAGAUUCACGCACGAGCGAUCCACAAUUCAGUAGAAAUUUGGGCAUCACCGGUCCUGAGUUACUUGAUUUUUUCAAACAUCAGGUUCUGACAAGCGCUUCUUCUGAAAAGCCUGGUAAAGUGAAGGUAUCAAAACUUUAUGACACUUUUGUAAAAAGCCUGUCACUAGACGCUGCUCAAAAAAACGAUGAGGGAAUUUGUUUUCCUGAAAACUCAAUGGUCAGCAAACUCAACAGAAACGUAAACCCGGUGUCUUGUUUGCACUCACACAAUGAUUACUGGCGCGACUUGCCCAUGUUUGAAGCUUUGUGUCACGGAAUUGCCAGCAUCGAAGCCGACGUGUGGCUGAUCGACGGCAGUUCUGAAUUGGCGGUUGGUCAUAACAUAGCUUUUUUAGACCCUGUCCAUAGAACUCUGGACUCCUUGUAUACGGGUCCCCUACUCUCAAUGCUUAAUGAAGUGAAUUGUCAUCAGGAUGAAAAAGAUCACAAAUAUGGUGUCUUUUACAAUUCUCCAGAAACGUCGCUGUAUUUCUACAUUGACUUCAAGUCCGAGGACAGCACGGAAACCUACCAUCGUCUGAUAUACAACCACCUGAAGCCUUUGAUCGACAUGGGGUAUGUGACAUUUUUUGAUCUUGAGUCUGAGGAGGUCAUGUGGAAUCCACUGACGGUUGUCCUUACCGGAGACUAUCCACAGGACUUGAGCGUCCUUGAUGGCCAUAACGAAGACGGCAUUUUCCACACUAACCGAAGAUUUGUGUUUUUGGAUGCCCCAUUGCAAAAUCUGGAAGCUCAUCAUGCGCAGUUCUCCGUUGUAGCGUCUGCCUCGCUUUCGCAACUGCUUUCCAAUUGCUCGUCCAGGGCCACGGGGCAAAGAAGAGCGCUAUCGAGCGGCGAGCUCGAAUGUAUCAGGCUAUUCGUGGAUGCCGCGCACUCAAUGAAUUUGAAAACCAGGAUUUGGGGAGUACCGGGCUGGCCAAACGACCUUAAGAGGGAGCUAUGGAAGCAACAAGUGAAUGACCUUCAGGUGGACUUCCUGAACAUCGACGAUUUAUACGAGGCUUCGCGUCUUUUUUGA